UCUUUCUAGUUCUAAGCAUAUCAAAUUUGUCCACGAAAGUCUUUUCUUCAUUAAAAAUUUGGGGUUGUGACCUUAAAGCACAUGGCACCCUUACCCCACAUGGCUUUUCUUAAGCAGUUCGGUUCAAUAGAUGACAGAAUAAAAAGAUGGGAGAUACAAAGAAUCCCCCCCAUGUGGGGGUCUUUCAUUUCAGCUCGUUGGGGGUUUAGAAAGUUUGUGGUGCUGCAGCAGCAAUGGAGAAUAUUGAUCAUGACAUUUGUGAGUCUUCUUCUGGUGGAGCUGAGAAAGUGGAAGCUCUUGAUCUUUUGGAGGAGUCUUGGUUUUUUGAGAACUUGUUCAAUAGGAGAAGGAUGUUGAGAUGUUAUUCUGAUUCUUGCACUUCAUCAAACUUUGGCCAAGAGGUUCUGGCAAAAGAUUCAUGUAGCCAAAGCUCUGCACCGAGAAAGAAGCUCCAGGAUGAAGGUUCAGCUCGCUGUAGUUUGAUUCGUGCACCAUCUUUACCGCCAUGUAUAGGGAGGGAGGAAAAGGUUCAAGAAAGGAAGAGCAACGGUGGGAGGAGCAAAUUGAAUAGGCAAUUAUCGCUGCAAGCAUCGAAAACAACUUGUACAGAGAAGACACAGGAAAUUCAAGAAAAGAAAACUGAUAGCAAGAGCAAAUUGAAUGGACAGUCAUCGCAAAGUACUUUGCUAAGGGCACCUUCCUUACCAUCUUCAAUAGGCUGGAAAGAGCUAACUCAACAUAAUGACAGUGAUAUUAGAAUGAGCAAAUUGAUUCGACAAGCAUUGGCUAACUCUUCUGACAUCUCGCCCCCAAGGCAUAGUCCUAAGUCCAUGUCACAAAGUUGCAGUACGCAAAGGUGUAGACCACCGAGAAACCUAGAGGUGGAAACCUUCAACAAUAGCUAUGGGGUUCAGGAAAUAAGACGCCCGUACACGAAUCAGAAGACAUUGCAAAGAAGCCUUAGUGAUCUUGCAUUCGAGGAACUGCAAGGAUUCAAGGAUUUAGGAUUCACAUUUGACAAGGAAGACUUAAGCCCCAGUGUUGUUAACAUACUCCCAGGGUUGCAGGAAAAUAAGAUAGAGGACUUGAAACAAGAUAAGGUGAGGAGGCCUUAUUUGUCUGAGGCAUGGCUUGCACAAAGCCGUGGACCUCCCAUUCCAAAUUGUGUAUCUAAGGAUUCAGCAGACGAUAUGAAGGCACAAAUCAAGUUUUGGGCCAGAGCUGUGGCAACUAAUGUUCGACAAUAGUGCUGAAAAUCAUAGAAACAUCAACCAUUUCUUCUACCAAAUUUGACCUUAAAGUUAGCCUUUACUAUUUCUACUCUCAUUUUUCCAAUUCCCCAGCUUUUUUCUGUAGGACUGAUAAGCAUUAAUGAAAAAAGCAAGAGGUGAUUCUAUCCCCAGAGUGCAAGUUCAAAAGGCAAAGAUGAAGGAAUGUCCUUGUCUAGUAGUACUUCGAAUUUUUUAUGUAAACAAUUUUGUGGUUCCUUUAACUGUGUGUUAAUAAACUAACAUGGAUACUAGCACUCAAGCAUUUGACUUAUUAGUUGAUGCAUAA